UUUUUUUAAUUGUGUGAAUCAAUUUGGACAUAAAGAUUAUUCCCGAGAAGUAUGAAGUAAUUCUGUUCGCCGGUUUUAAUAUUAUCUAUAAAACAUCGCAAUCCGGGACCAUCGGGAGUCGGGAGUCGGCAGUACUAGAUUUACCGCCCACCGAGUUCCGGCGCAUGAGCGUCAAUGUUUACAUUCCUUGAUCAAUCACGAACGAGUUGGAUGACAUGAUGUGUCUUUAAUUUGACAACUGAUAAGUCACUAAAUACUAAAGCAAAGAAUAUAUGAAAAGUGCAAAUGAUGCUUGAAGUUGAAUCAAAUGCAGAAAGUUUGCAGGACAAAAAACUUUCAAAUGGAAUUAAACGUAAAGACGUAAAGGGCAAGAAAAGGGAAAAGUAUAUUCCUACAUCAGAGCCCCUGGAGCUUCCCUUCUGUCGUAUAUGUGGAAAGAGAGCAUCGGGAAUACACUUUGGAGUGUACAGCUGUGAAGCCUGUAAGGCUUUCUUCAGACGAUGUUUACAACGAAAAACACCAUUUAAAUGUGACAAGGGUGGUGACUGUGUGAUAGAUGAACAACAGAAAGGCCUGAAUUGUUCCGCAUGUCGCCUGAAAAAAUGUCAAGACAUAGGAAUGUCAAAAGAAGGUAUUCGAAUAGGUCGCUACUCUACAGCAGAGAGAACCAAUGUCAUAAUGGAGGUCAAGAAACUGAAUGCCUCAACAGAAACUGCCCAGCGACUGUCCUUGACUCCCCAUUUCAAGGACACUGGGUGUCCAUCAUUUACCGAGUUCCUAGUAAACACUUCAGAAAGUUUAAAUAUUCCCCAAAACUUGGAUGCCUUGGAUAUUCCUCAAGAUUUACAAUUGAUUGAGGAUCCAAUCCUGUUUGCAGAUGACAGAUAUUUAGAGGUGGAGACAUCUUCAGAUGGCAGUAAAGGAUCACCAUACAGCCAAUCAGAAAACUCCUCUGCAUCGUCUCUUUCCUCUCCAUCGUCUUUUUCAGUAAUCACUCCUAAUUCUGCAGAAUAUCUCAGUAGCGUAGUUGAAUUGUUAGAUGUUAGUCAGAUGCCUUCACCCGGUGGACCCCUGAACCAGUUGUUUGAUUGCGAAGAAGGUAACCAGAUUGUAAACCAGCUGAUGACUGGUUAUCAUUAUCUCCAACCAUUCACAAAGUCCCUGACAGACGAGGAACUCAAAGACAUUUUUACACAUGGAGUUGAACAAUAUGAAGAAAAGGUGAGGCUGUUUGGGAAGAUGCAGUAUUUGUCAAUAGAAGAAUACAGAGAGAUAUAUAGAAAGACCCAGAUUGAUGUGGAUGGUAGGAUAGAACUCUACAGCUUAGGGCGAACGGAGAUGAACAAAAUGUUCAACGAGUAUGUCAAGUUCAGUCAUGGUAUUAUUGGCUUCACAUCCCUGCCUCCAAAGGACCAAGCUGCUUUAUUAAAAGCUGCCAAUUUUGACUUUAGCAUGAUCGUGGAUUAUCGUGCGAUAGAUAUGGACAAGGAGAUGGUGUUAAGUUACACUGGGAAACUGCUGCCAAUGAGUGAAUGCUGCCCCCACACACCUCUGGAGACUAUAAAACGAUGGUCAGAGUUCUGCGCAGAGAUACAAAGACUAUAUCUGAGUCCCCAGGAGCAUGCGUUAAUGCUUGGAAUUUGCCUGACAUUUCAAGACAGGUGUCAGCUGGAGUAUCCAGAGAAAGUGGAGGAAAUUCAGAACAAGAUGAUAAAGGCACUGGUCAUUUUAUUACAAGAUGUUCACAAACAAGGAAGUGGGCGACGACUGGCAAAAAUCAUGGACAUGUUUGUACGCCUGCGUGAUAUGAACAAGGAAUUCUAUGACCUCCUAGAAGAAAUUUGUAAAGAUGAAUUUGUAACAGAAUGCAUUCCGGAAAUAUUUCUUUAUUUUUGAAACCAGGAGUGAUCAGUGACGGAAUGGUUAUUUUUGUACAUCAAUUAAUGAAUUAGAUGUUGCUGAUCAAUGAAUUAGAUGUUGCAGGAUUUUGUAUUGUUUGAUCAAUUUUGCUUUUUAUAUUGGUCUUUUGUCUGAAAUUGUCAACGUGGAAACUUUUUUUUUACCUUAAGUGAACUUUUCUGGUCAAAAUUCAUCUGCUGGCUUGUUAUCGUCUGCUAACUUGACACCUUUUUUACUUUUCCACAAUAACAGGAACAUUUGCAAUCAUGCUUUUCACAAAGCUUCCUUUGUUGAGAGUUUUUCUGAUUUGUUUUGGACAAUUAGGAAAUAGUAAAAAUAGGUUUAAUAGGGUUUUUACAAAACUUCUUUAGAAUCAGUACUCCAUAAAAUCUAACAUGAAAUGAAAGCUAUCCCAUAUAUACUAAAGAUUGUUCAAACCAUUAUCCAUGAUUCAUGGCUAUGGUAGUGCCAGAAUUGCGGUAUCACAUUUUGCAUAGGAUUAUAGUAUAAAGAAAUCGUGAUUUUUUUUCUCUUAAGAACCAGAAAGCUUCAAUAUAUCAAUUUGAUAUGUAAAUAUACUUGUGUCCCCAAGGUCAUAGUGGGGUUGAAAUCAAGGUUUUGAAGUCUUGCAUAGGAAUACAUAAGAAAAAAUCUUUUAAAUUUUCUCAAACAGUUUGUAAAUUUUAUAUAGGAAUAUAAUUUAAAAAUCGAGAAUCACAAGGGCAGGGAUUGUGAAAUUGAUAAGUGCAUAUUGUUUAACCACUUUUCUUAGUGUACAUUUUUAAAACCAGAGCCAAUAUGGGACAGUAAUAUGGGUUUAAAAUAAGUAUCUAUCUACAUGUAUGUAUACCGGUAUAUAAGGUGACUCAGAUUAAUGUUGUGGCCCAUGGGCCUCCCAUUUGUAUUAUACUGUUGCUUUAAACAUUUGUGUAGAUGUCGUGACAAGUUUUGGUGUUUGCUUUUCAAAGACUGACUUUGGAUGAUGUACAUGUAUGUUGAUUUUUAAGCUCACUUGAGCCUUCAGUCAGCUUUUCUCAGACUGAUAAUUUUUGACUGAGUUGCACAAUGUGCAAAUGGCUUAGUUUACUUUGUGUAAUCAACUUCUCUCACACCUCUAACUUCACACUCCUCAAACUUUGUGCAGUUGUUAUGGAUACAUUGAAGAUAUGGGGGGUGUCUUUUUGAAAGUGUUCAGCUAUUUUUUGAAAAAUUUACAGAUAGUUGAACGUUGCCAUCUUUUAAGAACAACUUGAAUAGACGUUACUUAUUUUGUGUAAUCAACUCCUCUCACACCUCUAACUUGACACUCUUCAAACUUUGUACAGUUGUUAUGGAUACAUUAAAGAUGUGCAUGUGUCAUUUUGAAAGGGAUCAGAUAUUUUUUGAAAAAUUUACAUUUAGUUGAACUUUCAUCAGAUUAAUAUGAAAUAUUCCAAAGCAUUGUAAUUUUGCAGCCCAUUAAUUAAUUAAUCUACACUGUAACAGCAUCCUCAUGUAGAGUGCAUUUAUUUUAUACAGGGUCAAGGUGAGGCCAGGAUAGCAGGUUUAAGUAAAGAGCUUUGUGUGGAAAAAUAUAUAAGAAAAAAUCUUUACAAUUUUGGCAAAAUAAUGUAGCUUUUUAUUAUUGAAAUCCCUGGUCUAUUUUUAGAUGUACAGAAGAGUCUGUUAGAAUCUUUUCGAUUGCAGUGGAAUAAUUACAGUUUGUUAAUUAAAAUACUAGCACCCUGUGUACUAAACUUAUGAGUCUCAUCAUUAUUAGAGCAAGGUGGCUAAGAUGAGCAUUGUGACUAAUAGGCCUCUUGAUCCACUGUUUUGAAAGAGAUGUGAUAGUUUUUAUAUGUUUAUCAAUAUUAUUUUGUUAUCUAUAUUUUACUGUGUAUUGCUGGAAUACAUGACAAUCACAGAAUGUUACACAUGUACCAGGUGAAUAAAAUCAGAUUUCAAAUAUUGCACAAA